GCGUGCCUUGUUAGCCUGGUUUGGUUGAAGCCCAUAUUUUAUUCUGUACAUGCCGAUUGAUAAUAAACGAUCAAACCGUAAAGCGGGCGGGUUCUGUUGGUAUUUUGAGUUUUUGAUGAGUAGCAUAUCAGUGUCACUGUAAGGUACGGGUUCAUGGAGAAGAGGAGUUUUAGCUUGACUUUUUAACCAUUGCAGUCUUGUUUAGUUCAUGCAUAAAUCUCCAUUUCAAAAUAACUAGUACAGCACCACCAAUUGAUUUUAAUUUGGCAUGUUCAAGAAGCUGAAUGCGCUGGCAUACGUGUGGAAAUUCACGUGACCCAAGCCUGCAUGGCAAAUUGCCUUUCUGUGAGAUAUAUGCUUGUUUGAAAUACUAACAGCACAAUGAGUUCUGCUCCCCUUCUGUUCUUCCUAUUGAAUGUUGCCCCUUCUGUUUGUCCUCUUCAAACUCAGAUCAGCAAAGCUUCUGUUUUAAUACUAGGAGCAUAUUAUAAUAUAUUGUAUGGAUUAGUAAUGCUUUCUUAUGUGCUUAAAUUUCAUUUCUUGUUAUUUAAUUUAAUAGGGAAAAUAACAAUCUUUGAACCUCUACUACAUUUCUUGUUAUUUUUUGUUUCUCAGUUUUCAUGUGUUUAGAGCAAAUUGAUUCCAAGUUUCUUAGAUACAAGAAUUCACUUCAGUAUCAACGCUACAUAUUUCUUCGUGAUUGUUUUCUCAACUACUAAAUCAAUAAGAAUAAUUUGGUGCAACCAUUUUAUAAUGGUUAGCAUAGAGUAUUUCUCUCACAAAGUAUUUAUCUGAACUAGUACGUAUUUAUAUGAUCCUACAUACUCAACCAUGUACACACUUCUUGUCAUAUUUCUCAAACUUGUUCUCUUGUUUUAGGGAUACUAACAAAUGGGUUCUAGAAUUGAGUUGAUAAGGAAACAUUUGAAACAGGAGGAGGAGGAUGAUGAUGAGUUAUUUUUUGUGUUAGUUCCAGCUAUAUAUGCUUCCCUUUAUUCUAAAAAGAGGCCAGUACACACUUCUUGUCGUAGUGGUGCACAAAAAAUUAGAGAAAUGCUCGAUGGUCAUGAGAGCUGGUGCAAAUCUGAGUUUCGAAUGGAGCCAGAGAUCUUUAGAGCUGUAGCAAGCUAUCUUAGAAGGGAAGGAUUGUUGCAAGACACUUCAAAUAUGAGCAUUGAGGAGCAUCUUGGGAUAUUCAUGUACAUGAUAUCUCAAAAUGCUAGCAAUGCGAUCUUACAAAAAGAAUUUCAGCAUAGCGGGGAAACCAUACAUAGAAAGAUAAGCGAGUUCUUUGGUAUAAUCCCCGCUCUAACUCAAAGAUUUGUGAAGCUCCCAAGUGUAACCCAACCACAUGUGAAGAUUACAUCCAAUCCUCGGUUUUGGCCUUACUUUCAAAAUUGCAUUGGUGCAAUUGAUGGGACACACGUCCCCAUAACUAUUAGUGAAGAAAGAGCCCCUCCAUUUAGAAAUCGAAAAGGAACCCUUUCUCAAAACGUGAUGUUGGCGUGCGACUUCGAUUUGAAUUUCACAUUCAUCUCAUGUGGGUGGGAAGGGUCCGCAUCUGAUGCGGGGGUUCUUCAAUCAGCUUUAAGAAAGGGUUUCAGAGUGUCAGAUGGUAAAUACUAUCUUGUAGAUGGGGGAUAUGCAAACACUCCUUCUUUUAUUGCCCCAUAUCGAGGAGUUUCUUACCAUCUCAGUGAAUAUCGGAGGCGAGGGUUGAGUACUGUAUAUGCUGAUUAUAAGGAGUUAUUUAAUCAUUCUCAUGCCCUCCUUCGCAACCACAUAGAAAGGUCCAUCGGUGUCUUGAAGAAGCGAUUUCCUAUCCUCAAAGUGGGCACCUUUUAUCCCAUAGAGACUCAGGUUUUGAUUCCAUCAGCAGCAGUUUCAUUUCAUAACAUGAUUAGAGGUUUAAAUGGUGAAGAUGGAUGGUUGGAUCAGCACCCAACUAACAUCAAUUCUAGUCAAUUUGUUGAAUUACCAGAGGGAGAUAGCAAUUAUCAGUAUAGUAGUCAGUCCAAUGCUGGAAAUGCUCUUAGAGAUCAAAUUGCUAUGCAGAUGUGGAAUGAUUAUAAUAAUCAUUAGUAUUAUUUUGAUGUAAUAGUCAUUGGCUAUUGUAUACUAUGUAGUCAUGGCUAGAGCUUCGUGGAAUAUGAACUAUGAGAAGAUUCUUGUUGACAUCUUGCACGAGCACAAUCAUGUGAAGUACCGGGGCCAGAAUGGUUGGGCACCAGAAGGUUGGCGUUCUAUGACACAAAUGUUCAAUGAGAAGUGCCCGUUGGCUAAGUUUACAAAGGCACAGAUCCAGGAAAAAGAAAAGGAACUUAAGGCAAACUAUAAGGUGCUGAAGGAAGCCCGCAAGCAAAGUGGUGUUGGAUGGAGUGAGGCCAUGGGUAUGAUCAUUGCGGAACCACCAAUAUGGGCAAAUAUAAUUGUCAGUAAUCCAAAGGUCAAGAAAUUUCAGUCAAGGCCUUUCCCUUUGUAUAAUCAGUUGUCAGCACUCUAUGAUGGCAGUUGUGCCACCGGUGAUCUCAAUUUUACAUCAACUCAGCAACAUACAUCAUCCCGACAACAAUUACAUAUUCAAGCUGAAGCUGAAGCUGAAGCUAUGAGCUCUUUCAGGAUUGAUGAUGACCUCGGGGUUAACCCUGAUUUGAACCAAAUCUCUUCAAAUUUGCAUGGGUUGGCAUCUUCAAGUACCCGUGUUGAGAUUGGUGGACAUGACCGCACCCCGGCAUCUUCAGAACAACGAGCGGAGAGUCAUGGAAGGAAGCGUAAGCAAAGUCAGAUUGCUGGGGUUCUUGAGGAAUAUUUGGAUUACAAAAGGCAACAUAAUGAUAAGUUGCUUGAUGUGGUAAAUCAGAUUGAUCAGCAAGCUGAGGGAUGUAACAAGAAGGAAGAAUAUUGUAUUGGAAAGUGUGUUCGUGUGUUAGAGUCGAUGGAAGAGUUAACUGAAGAGGAGAUGGCAGCAGCAAUGGGCGUGAUUAAGUGUGAGGAGAAUAGAGAAAUAUUUCUGAACAGCCAGAGGCCACGUGUCCGAUUAUUGUGGCUUAGGAACGAGAUCAACAAGCAGAUUUCCACCAAUCUCAAUAUUUUCAGAUGUCCACCAAGCCUUUAGUUUCCUGGCCUUACUUAUUCUAUGCAUCAGUUUCAUCUCAGAACGCCAGCCAGAAGGCAACAUUUUGAAGACUUUAUAUUCAUCUGCAUCUAUACCACAUAGCUCCUUUGAUUUCAAUGUUAUAUCAAAUUUAACAUUUGUAUCUGCGCUAUCAAGGAUCUUGUAUAAAUUAGUAGUAGACUGGUGGAUGUGUCAAGCAUUCUGGUGGCAUUUUCAAGAACUUCUAUUUUGUUAUGUCAGAUUUACUUUAUAUUCAUCUGCAUCUAUACCACAUAACUCCUUUGAUUUCAAUGAUGUAUCAGAUUUGAGCACACUGAGAUGUUCAAGCUUAUGUAUCUUUUUUAAAUUAGUAUGAGUAGAGUGGUUACUACUGUCUAUAGUUUAUUUGAGUAUAUGUAUCAGAUUUGAGGCCGUGUGAUUUUUAAUUUUCUAUUUUACUUGUGUUUUGACUU